CGACGUUGGGAGAUGUAGUCUCCCGUGGCCCUGGGGCAGUCUCCUGGGGCAACGGCACCCCGGGACCUGUGCUUUGCGGCAAAAGCCAGGCUCUGUCGUAGCGGCCAGGCAAUGCGGGAAGAGGCCGACGCAGCUCCUCAGAAUGGCUUCCACAAGAAGGCCCAUUGGCCCUCGCCAUGGUGUAUUUGACUUCAGUGAUAUGUCCUUAGAGGACUCAAGGAUGGAAAAGAUGAGAAACAUCCAAGCCCGAAGUCUCGGCCAAGUGACACUGGGGCAGAACAGAAUCCUAAAGAGACACCAGACGAUGGAUGACAAAUAUCUGAUGCCCAAAGAGGAGACAACGCCAGGGAGGGGGCCAAGGUUGGGCUCGAGGCCCCCCACUAUCUCCUCCAAGACCAGAGCCAAUGAGGCCCUCCGGAAGCUGGCCCAGAUUGAAACCAAGAUCCGGAGUCGGAGGCAGGCGCCCACAGCUUUGUCUGACACGGAGUCUGACUCGAAGACCAGCGAGCGGCGAAGUCAGAAGGGGACAGACGCAGCGUCUGAUGUUUCCUCUCAGCAUCCACACAGAACUUUCCAGAAACAAGCCUGUAAAAGCCCCAUGGCAAAGAGCGAUGGGCAAAGAGAGCAAGGUAGUAGGUUUUUGAAGAGGAGAGAGCCGCCCACGGAAGCUAGGUCCCUGGAGCCCAUGGUGGAGAAAGGGAAGAGCGUCCCACCACCUAGACAGAAAGAACCUGUUGGAAAAUGUGAUGCUCCCGACAGUGAUGAAGAGGAAAUGAAAAUGUUGCUCAGAAGCUUGACGGAGUCUUCUAGAGAGAAAGAAACAAAUAUGAACCGGGUGCUCACUGGCACCAAAGCCAGAAGGAGCGAUCCUGGAAAGUUGACUUCGGACCCGCCGCCAGCUCAGCCAGAAGUCUUGUCUCUGCUCUCUGUGGACCCGUCCAGUUCAAAGCCUUCUCAUCCCUCACCUCAGCUAGACGCCCCCUGGACUCUCAAUGCUGGGGACACAGCCUCCCUCACAUCCUCACCUUUCAUCACAAAUGACCUUUCAAAGUCAGCAUCUUCAAAGAUGGGGUGCAUCAAACUGGCUUCCUCCCCCAGCAGGAGUGAGGUGGGAUCUUCAGAGGAGUCAGUCUCAGAAGCUGCUGAUGACAGUCUCCAUGAUUUUAGAAUUAAUAUUUUGUCCAUUGAAGAUCUGGUUCUGGCUGAUGGAGAGAAAUCAGAUGUGGAACAGAAAGGGGAAGGGAUGUCAGGCAGAAGCUCUCCACCCAUGUCACCCGCUCGGCUGGAAGAGCAGAGGGCUGCCCGGCACAAGAGCUCUGCAUUUCAGGGUGUGGUCACUGUGGUUGCUGAGGAAGAGGGCCUUGCCACUGAAGUCUCAGAGCACCUGGGUGACAGUUCUGCCGAAGCUGUCCAGUCCCCAAGUGUGUCCAGCGUGCCGUCUGUGGAGACUCCCACUGUGCUCGAGGCCAGCCUGGCUUACUCUGAGGAUUUUGAGCAGUACUCUGACCCCUUGGCCUCAGAAGCGUCACUUGAGAGGACACUGGACACUUCGUCGCAGCUGUCGUCCAGCGGACAGACAGAUCGUCUUCCCAGACCGUCCCCAAAGACAAAGUGGGGCCAAGGUGUGGCUGGAGUCAUGAAGGAGACAGCCGUGCAGACUCUUGACCCUGCCUUUGCUGGUCAGUGGAGCAGGGCUGGUAGCAUGGCGGCCAUUGGCCCCACCCUCGGAGGCGCCUACGUGGACCCAGCACCCAUCGCCAGUCACGUUGUCAGUGCGGACGCUAUAGAAGCCCUGACGGCCUACAGCCCUGCAGUGCUGGUGCUGAAUGACAUGUUGAAGCAGCAGCUGAGCCUGACGCAGCAAUUCAUCGAGGCCAGUCGCCAUCUGCACGUGUCCCUCCUGCAGUCCCUGGACGGGGAAACAUUUCACUACCACACCCUGGAGGAAACCAGAGAGUACAUUAGGUGUCACAGGCCUGCACCCUUGACCAUGGAGGCUGCCCUUCAGGAGGCAAAGGAGGAGCUUCUUCAAGUCCCAGUAGGACAACAGCUGCCUUUCUUAGGUUGGUACAGUAGAGACCACAACAGGUCCCCCCCAGCACUCCCAAGGCUUGGCAGCAAGCUACACGAUCCAUGCCAGGGUUUCUCUGUGUAGCUAGCUUAGGAGCCUGUCCUGGAACUCACAGAGGCGUGUGCCGCCACUGCCUGGUGCAGGAUGAGAAGGUCUUUUUUACUGGGGGAAGAGGGGUAUGGGUGGCGCUCCACUCCAGUUCCAGGAUAGCUUGGAACUCAAUCCUCCUGCCUCAGCCUUCCAAAGACUGCAAUUACAAGCCUGGUUCUAUCCCCCACUUCUAGGGAUAGAAUCCAGUACCUUGCCAUCUACAUGGGCUGCUAACGCCUGUAACCUCCAGAUUUGGUGGUGGACUGCCAUACUGGCUGGUAAGCCUCAGUGGACCAGCCCUCCAUCCCACAGAUCAUACUGAGCCUACGCAAAGCCUGUCACAUACCUCCCUCAAAGGUUCCCAUGUGCCCACCCAGCAGGCUCACAGCCCACACUGGGACGUGGGUACUGUUGACAGGGAUGUGCAUCUCUUGUCAAGUAAACCUGAAGGUGAGGGGUGAGGCUCAGAUCUGAGACCUGUAGUUCUCAGCCCAGAGCCACAUCCCUGGCACCCGUAAGUGUUCUCUACAGUGGCAUGGCCAUGUCCCAUUGAUGGGAAAGUACGCUAGCCGCUCCAGUCAAUCUCACCUAGCAAAUUACGGGGCUGGUCAUGUCCCAUGUAAUCUCUGCUCUGUUCUGAGUCACCCAGAGUCCUGGCACUGCAGGCAGCACCUGCAGCCUCUGGGGAAGCUCACCACUUCUGAUCUUCCUUCUAUCCUUCCUGAUAGACCUAAAAGCUGCACUAGUAAGGACAGGCCAAAGAGGACCCUGAGUGGCCCAAACAAUGGUGGUACGGGGCGUCUACUCAGGGUCCACUGUCCCUGGGCUGUUAUGGCCGCCCCCUGCCUACUGCCCCACGGGACCCUACUAGGAGCACACAGAGCAGGCCUUUAACUG